CAAAGGGCCGGGGGAGCUACGGACGGACGGACGGACAGGCAGCCUGUAAGCCCCGGGCCCCGUCCUGCCGGGCGGCCGUAUCCCCCCGCUGCCCGCCGCUCCAUUGUUCCUGGUGUUAUUGCACUUAAGAAUGAACAUUGAAGACAAGCUGGGAGGAUUAUUUCUUAAAUGUGGUGGCAUAGACCAAAUGCAGUCAUCCAGGGCUAUGGUAGGGAUGGGUGCGGUAUCUGACCAGUCUGGAGUAUCGGGAGAACGGCAAGAGGCGGUGCUUCAAGAUCGGACUAUGGCGCACCAAGAAAUUCUUGCGACAGACGAAGUGUUACAGGAAAGUGAACUUCGACAGCAAGAGAUGAUUUCACAUGAUGAACUCAUGGUCCAUGAGGAGACGGUAAAAAAUGAUGAUGACAUGGAUGCGCAAGAUAGACUUCCUCAAGGGCUGCAGUAUGCUGUUAAUGUCCCUAUCAGUGUAAAGCAAGAAAUUACCUUUACUGAUGCAUCUGAACAACAGAAACGAGACAAAAAACAAAUACGAGAGCCAGUAGAUUUGCAGAAAAAGAAGAAAAGAAAACAGCGUUCACCAGCAAAAAUCCUUACAAUAAAUGAGGAUGGAUCACUUGGUCUGAAAACCCACAAAUCUCAUGUUUGUGAGCAUUGCAAUGCUGCCUUUAGAACCAACUACCAUUUACAGAGACAUGUCUUCAUUCAUACAGGUGAAAAACCAUUUCAGUGCAGUCAGUGCGACAUGCGUUUCAUACAGAAGUACCUGCUACAGAGGCAUGAGAAGAUUCAUACUGGUGAGAAGCCAUUUCGUUGUGAUGAAUGUGGUAUGAGGUUUAUUCAGAAAUAUCACAUGGAAAGGCACAAAAGAACUCACAGUGGAGAGAAGCCUUACCAGUGUGAAUAUUGUUUGCAGUUUUUCUCCAGGACUGAUCGGGUGCUGAAACAUAAACGUAUGUGCCAUGAGAACCGCGACAAGAAACCGAAUAGAAGCGUCACCAAAGUUGGCUUUUUGCCAUCGGAGGAAGAUUCUGGUUUCUCGAUGCCUAUGAAAGACAGCUCCUUGCCAAAGAAAAAAAGGCAGAAAUCAGAGAAAAUGAAGUCUGGCGAUAAGGAUAGCACAGAUAAAUCAGACCAGAAGAAGGACAAAAACGACUAUUUGCCUUUGUACUCUUCUAGCACUAAAGUAAAAGAUGAGUAUAUGGUAGCGGAAUAUGCCGUUGAGAUGCCACAUUCUUCGGUCAGUGGGACGCACUUAGAAGAAGCAAAUUCUGGAGAGAUACACCCACCCAAGCUCGUUCUCAAAAAAGUUAACAGCAAGAGGAGUCUGAAACAGCCACUUGAGCAAAGUCAAACCAUUUCACCUUUAUCCACGUAUGAGGACAACAAGGUUUCCAAGUAUGCCUUUGAUCUUGUGGAUAAGCAGAGUUUACUGGACUCUGAAGGUAAUGCUGACAUUGAUCAAGUUGACACGUUACAGGAAGGGCCCAGUAAACCUGUACACAGCAGCACUAAUUACGAUGAUGCAAUGCAAUUUUUAAAGAAAAAGAGGUAUCUACAAGCAGCUAGUAAUAGCAGUAGAGAAUAUGCCUUGAAUGUAAGUACCAUAGCAUCUCAACCUUCAGUAACGCAGGCAGCUGUGGCCAGCGUCAUUGAUGAAACUGCUACAGCCUCAAUAUUGGACACACAGGCACUGAAUGUUGAAAUGAAAGGUAACCAUGACAAAAAUGUCAUUCCAGAUGAGGUACUGCAAACUCUGUUAGAUCAUUAUUCGCACAAGGCUAAUGGACAGCAUGAGAUAUCUUUCAGUGUGGCUGACACUGAGGUGACCUCCAGUAUAUCAAUCAAUUCUUCUGAAGUAUCUGAGGUCACCCAAUCUGAGACAGUUGGCACAAGCUCUCAAGCUUCCUCAUCAGAUAAAGCUAGUAUGUUACAAGAAUAUUCAAAGUUUUUACAACAAGCUUUGGACAGAACUAGCCAAAAUGAUGCCUAUUUGAACAACCCGAGCCUUAAUUUUGUGACUGAUAACCAGACUCUUACAACCCAGCCAGCAUUUCCUUCCAUGGAGAAGGUCUACACGUCUAUACCCGUCAAUAGCUUUCGAUCGGGAAUGAGCUCUCCAUUAAGAACAACUCCAGACAAGUCUCAUUUUGGACUAAUGGUUACUGAUUCGCAGCACCCUUUUCCCUUUUCAGGUGACGAGGCAAAUCAUUCUUCUUCCUCCUCUACACAGGACUUCUUAGAUCAAGUAACUUCUCAGAAGAAAGCAGAGGCGCAGCCUGUUCAUCAAGCAUAUCAAAUUAGCUCCUUUGAGCAGCCCUUUAGAGCUCAGUUCCAUGGGGCAAGAGCUGGAAUGUCAUCUCAGUUUAGCACUGCCAAUGGACAGGUGAACCUCCGGGGACCAGGGACAAGUGCUGAUUUCCCAGAAUUUCCCUUGGUGAAUGUAAACGAUAGCAGGGCGGGGAUGACUUCUUCACCUGAUGCCACAACGGGCCAGACUUUUGGCUAAGAAAUCUUUGUACAUAAUACUGGCACUUUAGAACACAUUUGUCAAAAGAGGGUUGCUCUGUAUAAGAUGGAGUUCUGUACAGCUUUUAAGAGCGCUAUGUUAAAACAAAAGUAAGCUGAUAUUAGCAAGACCAAUAACUGCUUCUUUCUUUUGUUGGUUUUUUUUUUUUGUUUUUUUUUUUGUUUGGGUUAGUCACCAGUCAUUGCAUUGAACUGCCUGAUGUUGGUGCCCUGAUCAAAGGCAGUUUAUUAUUCACUUGUUUGAAUCCAGAAAAUAUUUUACCUUUUAUGAAAUUUAAAAUAAACAAAAUCCCCAGGUAAGACUUUUCCCCCAGGAUUGUUUCCUUACUGGUUUCCUUGUAUGCUUUGGGAGGACAGUUUAUUGUCUGAUACUAUUCAUAUUGUCAUUUCUAAGCUUG